AUGUCUGACAAUAUACAAAAGGACCCACAAGUCAUCCUCUGCGACAUGUGCAUAGAGGAGGACAGGAAACUGGCUCGGAAGACCUGCAUGAAAUGUGAGAUCUCCAUGUGCGUCCAGCACCUCCAGGCCCACCUGACCACUCCUGUGUUACUACAGACUCAUCCUCUGACUGAACCCAUGUCUUUAUGUGGGACCACUAAAUGCCCACAACAUGGCAAACUUGUGGAGUACUACUGCUUGGAUGACAUGACCUGUGUGUGUGUUUCCUGCGCCAUUGAAGACCAGCACCGCCUGCACAACAUGAAGACCUUCUCCACAGCCCACAAAGAGCUCAUGGAAAAGCUGAAUGCUGAGCAGCAGGCCUUACUGGUGAAAACUGAUGAUAAGAAUGUGAGUCUGGAAAAGUGGGAGAAGAGCGAAAGAGAGAAGCUGGGUCGCUCUAGUGUGCGUCUCAUUGAGGCUGUGACUAACCUGCGUGACAUUGCCCUGACCAGUGUCCAGAGUUCAGUCUCUGCUCGUAUGGUGUCUAUCAAAACCAGCAAGACCAGCAUGCAAGCAGCACAGAACGAGAAGGACACCUUCAGAUUCCUGCAGAUGUAUUCUCAGGUGCAUCAGGAUGUGGAGAAGGCCAAGGCUGUGGAUCUAAGAAAAGGUUUGGAGCCCGGCAGUGAUCGUGACAAACUGGUUCAGGAGAUACGACAGAAUGGUGAAAAAAUGGUGAAGCAAGCAGGCCAGUUCUGGGGAUCCCUGUUGACUCUGGUUGACCCAGAGAACCACCAGGAGCUCAUUGCUACUAGUUCAGACCUGAUCUUUGACCCGCAGACUUUAGGCCCCGGCAUGUCACUCUCCAAAGACAGCAGGAAGGUUUUCUACAGUAGCCAGCUGGGACAAUACUCUGCCACACUUCUAAUCCGUAGUAUCCUGUCAGUUACUAACUUUCAGAGGUGGAUGGUCAGUCUUUCCCAAGAGUUUGACUGGACCAUUGGUUUAUGUGACAAACAGUCUGCAAAGAACUUGAAGGACGGACCUGUCUAUGGUCUGUGCCGCGAAGGUAACCAGCUCAGCUCUCUCACGACAGAGUAUGACAAUUGCUCUGAUGCAUCAAUCAAUCAGAAACAACACAGGGUUUCCUCGGCAUUAAUUACAUAUCCGAGCACAAAUGGAGACAAGGCCGUACCAAGACCUGAAAUGGUGGAAGUGUUUUGGAACUUUGUUGCUUCCUCGUUGUCCUUCUUCAGCCGAACCGGACAGCACCAGAGGGAAGAAAUAAUCACAAUUAAGAUGAGCCUCAACAAGUGGGACCUGGCCCCCUUUGUUCGACUAGGAAAGGAAAACGGCCAAAAUAUUCCCCAGCAGGAAUGGAAGUGCUCCUGUGGGAAGCGUUACCACAAGAACGGCCAUGGAGGCGGCUUUGGAACUUUCCAGUACUCUCAGGCUAAUUGUUCCUGUGGAGCAAGUAUUGGUGGCGUAUCCAUCACAGAGGUGGUUUGUGAACUUCAGUAA